AAACACAAAAGUUAAUACAAUAGUCACGUGGGUGUCAGGAAAUGUCACAGGUGUGUCAAAUUUGUGACUAGGACUUUACUUUCAAACAUCGGAUCUACCUGUUUCUUAUAGGUAUCUUGGGCUGAAUUUCAGGUUAAUUAUCACAUUUUUGGAUCCAUUAUGGAGGCCCACCAGCUUCCCAAGCUAACAAAAAGGCAGAAAGACAUUCUUGCUGCUGCUGAAAAGAAGCGUUUUUGCGACCAGCGAGCUCUUCAUAUUGUAGAGCUGCUUAUUGAGCCAGUCAUCAACCCUGUAUGGCUUCUUCAUCAGCUGCAGUUUAUUAACCAGCAGCACUAUGAUGACGUCACAGAGGAGCGCUCCUGCACUGGCUGCUGCGGCUACCCGCUCUGCGCUAAUCGGCUAGGCCGGGUGGCCGAGCACCAGUUCCACAUUUCCACAAUUACCAACCGCAUCUACGACAUGUCAGAGAGGAAGAAAUACUGCAGUAAUGCAUGUUUCCGCGCUUCACGACAUCUGAAGCCUCAAAUUCAGACCAGCCCCCUCUGGCUCCGGGACAAGGAGCCGCCGCCCGUCUUCAGACUGCUCAAAAAGGAAAACAACGAAAAGGGUGUGGCCGGUGACGUUGUGGAACUGGGCGUGGCACGUGCGCCGGCCGACGAGUCACCUCCGUCUGAGAUAACUACCAAUGAGGUGGCAACAAGCAUGAUGCAUCAGUUUGACGAGCUGUCGGAACAGAUCAGAGACCUCGGCCUGAAACCGGAGGAGGAGCGGGGGAAGCCGGAGGAACGCGGAGCCAGGAAGCAGCGGCGACCUUGUCUGAGGCGGCCCUCAGGAGCAGAGAGUGAAGGAGGGAGGGUAGAGAGAAAGGUAGUGCAGUAUGAGGAGAGUGCGAAGGCAGAAGGGAGCGAGGGAGAUGAGAUAGAGAGAGUGUGUCGGAUACAGGCGAAUAAUAAUUCAGCUGAUGAAAGGAGGGAUGACAAGCCGAUGAAGGAGGAAGAGUCGAAAAAGUGUGUAUCAGAAGAAGUUACAUGUCCUCAGAAAAUAGAGAACGAUGACAGAGCCGACAAAGCUACAUCUCUCGAUGAAGCUUCGUGUCGACAAGAUCCUGCCGACAAUCCGUCCGUGCUGCCUUCCUCCCCUGAACAAACGGCACGAUCAACGCCAGCGCCCCCGACGCCCCCGGCCGUCCCCGCCGUCUCACAGACGUCUGGUUUCAAGCGUCCGGUGCGCGCUGCGCGGCGGCAACAGCAUCCUCUGAAGGUGGUGGAGGCUCGUCUGCUCGACUGGCUCUCGGACCGGACUCCGGUCGCCGCCGCUGCACCGCUUGCUGAUCCACUGCGGGUGAAUAUCCCGUCAGCCGCCGCCGAAGGCUCUACAGGCUAUGAAAGCCCGUCUGGUGGCACCCCAGACACCCCCGUCCCACUCGCUCCUGUGCUCAGCCCGGAGGAGGCGGCGGCGCGGAACCGGGCGCUGCUCGCCUACCUGCAGGGCCAGGUGCGCGUCCCGGCCGCGGCGCCGCCCCGGCCGGCCGCCCCCGCCCAGGUGACGGAGGAUGGCCGCCCGCUGCCGCCCGAGCCGCUGCUCGAGUCUCAGGAUAAGCAGCGGCGACGGAUCGUCAACGACCACCUCGGCAAGGCCACGGCCCGGCUGCUGCCGCUGCUGGGGCUGCUGAUGUCUGACGUCACGUUACCGCUGCGUCUCCUGGUGGCCAGUUUCCGCCUGACGGCCACCAACGUCACAAUGACGCCUAGCCAGUGGACCCUCGCCGCCGUCGUCCUGCUCAACUGUCUGCUGCAGCUGCACCCCGACCUGGCGGCGCUGGCCAGGGACGCCGAUGUCGCCUUCAGCCGCGCGCUGCAGCCGUUGCAGACGACCCCCGCCAGCCUGGACCGGCUGACCGGUAGGCUUAUGGAGCUACUCGGGGAGCGGUAUAGCGACUCCGGCGCGGCUAAAGGGCCCGAGAGCCGAGAGGUAAAGAAGGCAGACGCGGCGGCUGAGACGACCCGCGGUACGGAAGGUGGGGAAAAGGCUGGGGAAGGGACCGGGGCAAAGGUUGGUACAGAAACUGGGAUAGAGGCCACUGAGCCUGGGGCAGAGACUGGCGCGGAGCCGGGCUCGCCUGUAGCAUUGACCCGGACACGGACUUCUGACUGAAUGUGCUGAUCUGCGUCAUUUGAUCGAAUUGUCGAUGGCUAUUAGAACUGACUGCUGCAUUGUGAUAGAUAAAUGGCUUCCGUAAUAUAUGUAAUUUUUGUAAGUUAA